AUGGCGUUUGCUGGGACAAAUAUCAGAUUGUCCCAGCCGGAUAUCACGCAGAAACUAACGGAGCGCAUAGACGACCUGAAGCAAAAGAUUGCUGCUUGGGGGAAGCGGAUUCGCCGAUUUACCGAGAGGUCAAGGCGGUUCAACCAGAAUCGUCUCUUCCAGAGUGAUCAGAAGAGGCUCUACAAAUCAUUGGAGCGACCAGAGGUAUGUGGAGCGGGCCCAGGACCGGACCAGGCUAACACUGUCGCAUUUUGGCGUGGCCUGUGGUCAGAGCCCGUAAACCACAGCGAGGGCCCUUGGACGGAAGUUGUGGCGAGUCAGUGUGCGAGUAUUACGCCCAUGGACCCCGUCAUCAUAACGCCGGAUGACGUAGCUGAGGCGGUCCGUAGAGCCCCGAACUGGAAAAGUCCGGGACUCGACGGACUGCAUCACUACUGGCUGAAGGGGUUCAUGGUGUGUCACGCUGUGCUCGCCCGUCAGUUUCAAGAGGCUCUCAACCAGAAGUCGCUCCCUAGCCUCUUCACUACUGGGAUCACUCAUUUGGUUCCUAAAGACCAGCUAAACCAGACAGUGUAG